AUGGAUCCACCGUCGUCACCGCCGCCGCACGAUCAUGGUCAGCAUGAGCAAGAGCAUCAGCAUGGGUGCCCGGCGGCCAGGGAGAAGAGGCCCUGGGGGUGGGCGGCCGCGGUGGCCGGCGAGGCGCGGGCGCAGCGGGGGAUCGCGCUGCCGCUCAUCGCCAUGAACCUCACGUGGUUCGCCAAGCAGGCCGUCACCACCGCCUUCCUCGGCCGCCUCGGCGACCUCGAGCUCGCCGCCGGCACGCUCGGCUUCAGCUUCGCCAACGCCACGGGCUUCGCCGUCCUCACGGGCCUCUGCGGCGCCAUGGACCCCAUCUGCGGCCAGGCGCACGGCGCCGGCAACGCGGCGCUGCUCCGCCGCACGCUGCUCAUGGCCACCGCCAUGCUCCUCGCCGCCUCCCUGCCCAUCGCGCUCCUCUGGCUCCGCGUCGACACCGUGCUCCUCCGGGUCUUCGGCCAGCAGCCCGACAUCGCGGUGGUCGCGAGGCGGUACGUGCUGUGCCUCCUCCCCGACCUCGCCGUCACCUCCUUCCUCGCCCCGCUCAAGUCGUACCUGAGCUCCCAGGAGGUGACGCUCCCCACGCUCUUCGCCUCCGCCGUGGGCCUCGCCGUCCACGUCCCGCUCACCGCGUGCCUGGCGCGGACCAGGGGCGUCGAGGGCGUCGCCGCCGCCGUCUGGCUCAGCGACCUCGUCGUCGCGGUCCUGCUCUCCGCCUACGUGCUCGCGUCCGACGUACUCCUCGCGAGGAAGAGCGCCAAGACGACGGCGUCUACAGCGGCGCCGUGCGCGCGGUGGUGGUGGCCCGAGGAGACCAAGACGGCGGCGGCCGACUGGCUACGGCUGAUCCGUCUCGCCGUGCCAUGCUGCCUCAACACGUGCCUCGAGUGGUGGUGCUACGAGAUCCUGAUCCUGCUCACGGGCCGCCUCCCCGACGCCCGGCGCGCGGUGGCGGUGAUCGCGAUCACCCUCAACUUCGACUACCUCCUAUUCGCCGGCAUGCUCUCCCUCUCCGUGAGCGCGUCCGUGCGCGUGUCCAACUCCCUGGGCGCGGGCGACGCCGCGGGGGCGCGCAGGGCCGGGGCCGUGUCGAUCGUCGGCGGCGUGCUCGCCGGUGCCUUGGGCGGGCUGCUGAUGCUGGCGUCGCGGCGGCAGUGGCCUCGCCUCUACACGCGCGGCGCGGAGGUGCGGGACGGCGUGGGGAAGGCGAUGAAGGUGAUGGCGGCGCUGGAGGUGGUGAACUUCCCGCUGAACGUGUGCGGCGGCAUCGUGCGCGGCACGGCGAGGCCGGCCGUGGGCAUGUACGCCGUGCUGGGCGGGUUCUACCUGGUGGCACUGCCAGUGGGCGUGGCGCUCGGGUUCAGGGCCCGGCUGGGGAUCGAGGGGCUGCUGGCCGGGUUCAUCAUCGGCGCCGCGGCCAGCCUGACUGUGCUGCUGGUGGUGAUCGCGCGCAUGGACUGGGGCGCCGAGGCUGACAAGGCGCGGCUGCGGACCGGCGCCGGCGCCGACGGCGAGCCGAAUGCUGCACACAAGGAGGCACCCCAAAAUGCUGCUGCUGACGUCUGA